UUAGUCAAUAACAGCACCAUGGAGCUUCCGAUAUUUCUGACUGCGCUAUUGCUGCUUGCUAAGAGCUGUGAGGUUCUAACCCAGCGUGUGGAGUACCUCAAGCAAUCUACGCCAACGUUGUGUACAGCGUCAUUUCUCCAAACAGCUGGACAAUUCUCCAUCCCUGUAGUUAUUAAGCCAAUGAUAACACCCGCUGAACCUGCACCCACUGCACCUACACCCACUGCACCUACACCCGCUGAACCUACUCCCAUAAUACCUUCUGUGCCAUGUUGUGCUGGUUAUGAGAGCUACUCUUGUGUGCCUCCACCAAUGCCGGUGCCAUCUGCGCCAUGUUGUACUGGUUAUGAGAGCUACUCUUGUGUGCCUCCACCAAUGCCAGUGCCACCUAUGCCAUAUUGUACUGGUUAUGAGAGCUACUCUUAUGUGCCUCCACCAAUGCCGGUGCCACCUGCGCCAUGUUGUACUGGUUAUGAGAGCUACUCUUGUGUGCCUCCACCAAUGCCGGUGCCACCUGUAAUCAUAAUUCGCGAUGAUAACAGCGAUUUUUACAGUCUUAUGUACUCCCUUAUUUUUGCAUUAACCACGAAUAGAGGAGGAGGAAGUGGUUAUGGUUAUUCUAAUGGCAAUGGUGGUUGUGGAGGAAAUUGUGGUUACAGUUGUGGCGGCAACGGUUGCGGUAGUAGUGGCUCUGGUAGUUACGGAUGCGGUGGAGGAUCUGAAUGCGGUUGUGGUGGAUUCUGUAUCUACGACAUUCUCGCCAACUAUGGACUAAAUGGCGUAUACAAUUGCGGAAGUAACGGUAGCAAUAAUUGUGGAAGUAACGGAAACAAUUGUGGAACCUGUAUUUACGACAUUCUCGCCAACUAUGGACUUAAUGGCGUAUGUAAUUGUGGAAGUAACGGAAACAGUUGUGGAAGUAACGCAAAAAGUGGUGGAAAUAACGUAAACAGUGGUGGAGAUAACGGAAACAACGGUGAAAAUAACGGAAAAAAUUGUGGAAAUAACGCAAAUAAUGGCGGAUGCGAUGUCAAUUACGUCACAUAUUCCAUACCUGUUCCAUCGAAUUUCCCAUACUGCUUACCUUCAUUUUCAUUUCCUGAUAUGCCAUCAACACCGGACUGUUGCCCACCACCAGGACCUGCAAUCCCACCCUGUAACUGCGAUUGCACUGAUGAUGGUACAAUUAUUACCUUUACAAUUAAUACCGAUUGUCUGUCGGAUUCUUAGUAAUUAUUGUUAACGUGUUAAACUUUGUAAUAAAAUUUUCUUUAAUGAAAAUAUAUGUCCUUGUCAUUUUACAAAUACAAACUAAUUUCAUAAAUGGUUCUGAAAUAACAUUACGCAUUUUAGGGUACCUACAGUCCGUUCCAUUGCUAUUCGUAGGUUUCAACCCAAAUACUUUUGACUGAGACAACAAUAUACCUAAAAGUAAAGAUAAAGACAUACGACUAAAGAAUUUUGAGAAAUUGUUUCCUAAUAUAAUGUAAUUCUUAAUAUUGCAAAAUAGGACACAAUAUGUGGAACCAAAGUCAUAUAAAAGGAACCCUCUUUUUAAUUUUUCAAUAAAUAUAGGUCGAACACGGAAGAAACAUGAUUUCGAUUCAGGCAGCACUGCUCGCUUUACUUUUGUCGAUGAAGGUAAUUAUAUAAUUGAUUUAAAAUUAAUACCUUUUUAAACAAAUUAAAAUGAAUUUACAAAUGUUUAUUUUAGUAUCGAUCAGUCCAAAACCAAUGCUGGAAUGGGUAUGCCAGUGGAUCUUCUUGGGACCCUUAUGCGCAAUCAUAUAACUAUCCCUAUGGAGGGUAUUCUGCAUACGAUUAUAGCUCUGCACCAACUAUUUGCAUUACCACAUAUCCUCAAUCAAGCCCUUAUGACUAUUACCAACAAUCCUCGUAUAAUACAUGCCCAAAUAACUGUCAGCAACCUGUGGUCGUCGUGAUUAAUGGAAAUAACUAUGAUGAUGAUUUGUGUGAAGUACUAAGUCUCGCCGCUUCUUUGAACAAAAAACCUAAUAAUGAACCUAUUUAUAUACCUUAUCCAGUACCGGUACCAAGCCCUGAAUACAAUAACAACAACUGUGGUUGUCGACCAGACUAUGGUUAUUCGGAUUGUGGUUGCAAAUGUGGUGGAUGCGGUUGUUCCAAUUCAGCAAGUUGUGAUUGUGGUUGCAAUUGCGAUUGUGGCGAAUGUAAGAAGCGGCGUUCCAAGUCGAAAUGUAGUCGCAAUUCUGGUUGUGGUUGUUCCAAUUCAGAUUGUAGUUGUAAUAAAUGUAUUAAGCACAAAAACGAUAUAUGUUGCAGAGGCUGCUAGGCCAACAAGAACGAAGGCGAAUAUUAAUAAUGUGUCUUUAUUACUAAAAUAAACCAAUUAUUGUUCAUAUAUCUUUUUAACUACUAUAGUUUUUAUCAUGUAUUUUUAUGAUGUCAAACGAAAAUAAAGACAAUGUAAACGA